AUGACCAAGACCAAGACCAUACUGGUCUGCAACAGCACGCCCACAACCUCGACCAUGACCAAGACCAAGACCAUACUGGUCUGCAACAGCACGACCACACCUCGACCAAGACCAGACCAAGACCAGUACUGGUCUGCAACAGCACGACCACAACCUCAACCAAGACCAGUACUGGUCUGCAACAGCACGACCACAACCUCAACCAAGACCAAGACCAGACCAGUACUGGUCUGCAAUAGCAUGACCACAACCUCGACCAUGACCAAGACCAAGACCAGUACUGGUCAGCAACAGCACGACCACACCUCGACCAAGACCAGUACUGGUCUGCAAUAG